AUGAGUCAUAAUCACGGGAGCACGGGUACUACGACGGGCAGUUCGAGUGGUGCUUCGACGACGGUUGAUUUGGCGGAUAAGGUCGCUUACGGGCUGCUCUACGCUUCACAACAUGAGAAGCACAUCAUGUAUGCAUGGAUCAUCUGGGUCCUCAUUGCAUUCGUCCUCGGUGCGGGUUUCAUCCUCCGCCUGACAAAAGCUCACCGACAAAUCCCGCUCGCGUCGGUAUCUCGCCGACUCUUCCUCAAGCAGACUUUCCCGUGUACAAACUGGCGUAUGUCAGUGGCGCGUGGACAUGUUUUCGCCCUCUUCUUGUACAUCGCUUACAACUUCGUCUUCACCUUCGCCGACAUCCCCUACGGUCGGAAGUACCGUUACCCGUCGAAGCACAACGGCAUGAUGCAAACCGCAACAACAAUGCAAUUCACCGCCAACCGCACCGGGUUCCUCGCCUUCUCCGGCGUCCCGCUCGUCUUCCUCCUCGCUGCCAGGAACAACCUCGUCUCAUGGGCAACGGGCAUCCCUUACAACGCCCUGAACUUCCUCCACCGCUGGGUCGGCCGUGUAGUCUUUAUCCUCUCCUGGCUCCACAUCAUCCUGUGGUCCCUCGAACUCGACAUCAACUACUUCCCAAAGGGCAAACACUCAUACUACAACACCCGCUGGACAAUGCGCUACUGGCUCGGGGGAUUCGCAGCAACGGUCUUCCUCUGCUUCCUCUGCCUCCACUCCCUCCCCUUUGUCAGGCGCUGGACUGGGUACGAGUUUUUCCGCUCGAUGCAUGUUUUUGGGAGUUUGUUGUUUUUGAUCGGGUGUUGGGUGCAUUGGCCGACGGCGUUUCAGUGGAUUGCGGCGGGGAUUGCGAUUUUGUUUGCUGACCACAUGGCCCGGACCUCGCGGAUGCUUUUCAUUCAGCUCCGCGGACGUGGGAGUGCGGAAGCUGUUGUUGGAAUCUUCUCUGAUGAGGAUGAGGUCGACGUUAUGCGCAUCACCAUCAAAAACUGUGGCAUCAAGUCUUGGAGGGCUGGACAACACGUCUUCCUCUGCUUCCCUGCACACUCACGCUUCCAAGCCCACCCCUUUACCGUCGCAAACUCGAGCAACAAAACCCACAACCCUGAUGGGGACCUCGUCUUCGUCGUCCGUCGCAAGAACGGAAUGACCGACCGUCUGUGCCAACUCGCCGCAGAAUCUAAAACCCUCAAAGUCUGGGUUGACGGGCCCUAUGGCGUCGGUGCUUUAUCCCCCGAGAUUUCUGGGCGACACAUCCAACUCGUCGCAGGCGGAACCGGAAUCUCGUUUGCACUUUCCGCUGUCUCCGAGCUCACUGGCCGUGACAUCCCGGGUACGAUGCAAUUGGACUGGUAUGUCCGUCGCCGAGCAAACACGGCCUGGUUCGGUAAUGAUCUAGCGAAACUAUCACAUUUGUUCGGAAGCACCCUACGAAUCAGCAUCCACAUCACCCGCGAAUCCCCCCUCACCGCCUCCUCCACCGAGAAAGAUACCUCCAACUCCUCUCUCACGGCCAUCGAGGGUGUCACAUAUUCUUACGAUAAAAACUCUUGUGCUGAGGUAUUGAGGAUGUAUGCUAGUACAGUGGACCCGAGACAGGGUACGUCGAAGAUCGCGGUGUUGGCUUGUGGACCGGGGAGUAUGGGGCCUAAUGUUAGGAAUGCGGUGGCGGAGAUGAAUGGGUCGGUGGAUGUUAAGUGUGUUAUGGAGGAUUAUGUAUGA